AAGUUUUACAAUGCAAAAUAAAGCUGUUGUUGACCUUUUCAUUCUUUAAUUAAUUUUCUUUGAUUUUUGUUUUUUAUUUACCUUUGUUUUUUUAUUUACGGUGUAGGUUGUCACAACAGAAAUUUGCAAUUAAACAGAAUAUAGUAGACUUUUAAGAUCAUAGUAACAGUAAAAAAAUAAAUAAAUAAAUAAAUAAAUGCAAAAAUAAUGAAACAGCAAAACAAAAGUAGUACUUCCGGAAAACGACUGUUGCGGUCUGAAAGCAGAGUGGGCGCACUAGUAAAGAGAGUAAUGUCAUCAGAGCGCCGUAUCAAGUUGGCACAUGGAAAAAAGGUAGAAGGAACAAUAUUUGUUUUACCAGACUGUUGACAGUUUACACGUGUAUGUUGUGAGCCAGAAUAUAUCUAGACUAGACACUGACGCGAUGAACAUCAUAGUGUAUUUGAGCAUGUGACCCCACGGGUUAACAGAGGAUACAAAUCUGCACCAAUGUCGCAUGCAUAUGAAACAAUGCGCUUACAUUUAACCUGGCCAUUGUUGAAACAAAUCGUCACUGUACCAAAAACAUGCUUCAGUUAUUCAAUAACCAGCCGUUGUGCUGUCAAUACUGGCAGUAAGCCUGUGAAGAGAAGAAAUGAAAGGAAACCCAAACUACCUGCUGACUGGCAUACUCUUUCCUGGGAAGAAAGACUGGCUGACACUGUGACUCCUUUAUGGAGAAUGAGUUAUGAGGAGCAGCUCCAGUGGAAACAAGAGCAGCAGCACAAGAUCUUGCUUGAGAUGACAAAGCAACUAGCUCAGGAUUCAAUGCACUCUUUUUCAAAUGACUUAAGAUUCCCACUCCUUCCCAUAGUAGCCUCACCAGUGAGCGAUGGAUACCGCAAUAAAUCAACCUUCUCUGUCAACAAAGGUGUAGACGGUAAUCCAAAAACUGUUGGAUUUUAUAUCGGAAAUGGAAAAACGGGUAACAUAGUCUGUGUCCAUGGUGACCAUCUCCUGAACAUGCCUUCAAAGCACAGCAUGGUUGCAAGGUACUAUGAAGAUUUUAUACGCCUCUCACCACUCAGACCAUGCAUUUUGUUUCAUGAUGGUGGUCACUGGAGAGAAAUCACGAUACGAACAAAUUCUGCCGGUCACACCAUGGCCAUAGUCUACUUCCAUCCUCAAAACCUAAGGCCUGAGGAGAUUGGCAUCCAUAAAGCUGCUCUGGUUGAGUACUUCUCACAAGGUCCUGGAGCAGUUUGUCAGCUGGAUUCUCUUUAUUUCCAGGAGAGCACAAUGACCCGUUGCAGUAAUGAACAAUCCCCCUAUCAGCUUCUGUACGGACAGCCCCAUAUCUUUGAGGAGGUGCUUGGCUUCAAGUUCCGCAUUUCUGCUGAUUCUUUCUUCCAGGUGAAUCGGGGAGCAGCGGAGGCUUUGUACAAAACUGUUGCGGAGCUGAAUCGGGCUUGUGUUGGGGGCACCCUUCUGGACGUCUGCUGUGGUACUGGAGCCAUUGGCAUUUCGUUAUCCCCACAGAUGGAGAGAGUCAUUGGCAUAGAGCUCAUUGAGCAGGCAGUCGAGGACGCCAAGUGUAAUGCAGCACUAAACAGAGUUCAUAACUGUGAAUUUCUCUCAGGCAAAGCAGAAGUUGUUCUGCCAGAUAUGAUGCCCACUUUGAAAUGUGAUGGCGGGCUGACAGCCGUUGUGAAUCCGUCCAGGGCUGGCCUACAUUAUCGAGUUGUCCGAGCUUUGAGGAAUCACUCAGCCAUAAGAAGGCUUGUCUAUAUAUCAUGCAAACCUGAUGGGGAGGCAAUGAGGAACUUUAGAGAGCUCUGCUGUGGUUCAGGUUUUAAGAGGAAAAUCACUGGAGAAGCCUUCACACCAACUGUGGCUGUACCUGUGGACCUGUUUCCACACACUCCUCACUGUGAACUAGUUCUGGUUUUUGAGCGAUAGUGGUUGUUUUUGAAAAAGUGGCUGUUUUGGAAUUCAUUCCAGUGAAUGUCUAUUUAUCUAUGCCAUUAAAUGUCUAUGCAAAAUUUUCAA